UGUGAUCUCCUUUGUAAAACAAUUAAGGAAAUUAUUUUAAGAGACAAAAAGAGGAAGUCUUGCUCCCUUCAGUUUACUCCAUUUGACCAUAGUAUUACCAAAUCAAAUUCAUUAGUUUUUUUAACAAAUUUUCUUACUUAAACAAGAACAACUUCAAAAAUCAAACAAACCUUCAACAAUUUAAAUAAAAAAAAAAAUCCCAAAAUCCCAAAUAUUCCCGUAUAAAAACCUGUUACAUCCACCAGUUUGAUUCCCUCUUUUCUUGAUUCUUCCAUAAUUUUACCACCUUAAAAUCACUGUUGAAAAAGAGGGAAAUUAUAUCAGUUGUCAAUAUCAGUAAUAUUACAAGCUUAAUGAUUGUUUCUUCAUAAAAGAAUUCUGGGUUUUAAUUAUUUUGCCAAUUCUUGAAUAUUCAUCUUUUUAAACUGAGAUCUUCAAUUUCAAUUUGAGUUCUCUAAAUGAUUUUUCAUAGCAUGUUUGAACAAGAUUAACAAAUUAUAUUUUGGGUACUUUGUAAAAAUCAAAGGGAAAAAGGAUUGAGCUUUCUGUUUUAGUUGAAGGCUAUAAAUUUUCAAAUUUGUUUACAUUUAGAAGUUCAGAUUAUGUACAAAAUAACGAGAUUCUGUAGAUUGGUUUCUUUACUGUUCUUGCUCUUCACAUCCCACUUAGCCACUGCGACAGUAACUGCUUUUACUGGAACUUAUGGCAUAAAUUAUGGUAGAAUUGCUGACAAUAUCCCUUCACCAGAGAAAGUUGUUCAGCUUUUGAGAGCUGCAAAGAUACGGAAUGUUAGAAUAUUCGACUUUGAUCAUAGUGUGCUUCAGGCUUUUAGUGGAACUGGACUUGAGUUAGUUGUAGGACUUCCAAAUGGUUAUCUCCAAGACAUGAGUGCGAAUGCCGACCAUGCAUUGAGUUGGGUCAAAGAGAACAUACAACAGUUUUAUCCUCAGACUCGUAUCGUUGGUAUUGCUAUUGGAAAUGAAGUACUAGGGAAUGAUCAGCAGCUCUCGGGAGUUCUUUUAGGUGCGGUGAAAAAUAUUUAUAAUGCAACAAAGAGUCUCAAUCUUGAUAAAAUUCAAAUAACCACAUCCCAUAGUUUUGGCGUUUUUGAUAAUUCUUACCCUCCAUCGAAUUGUACAUUCAGAGACAACGUCAAGCAAUACAUGUUGCCACUUUUGAAAUUCUUUUGGCAGAUUGGGUCUCCCUUUUGUUUGAAUGCUUAUCCUUUCCUUACAUACAUGAGCGAUCCAAAACACAUUGACAUAAACUAUGCUUUAUUCCUAAAGAACCCCGGAAUCGUUGAUUCGCAAACAAAACUCCAUUAUGACAAUCUACUUGAUGCUCAGAUUGAUGCAGCUUAUGCUGCUUUGGAAGAUGCAGGGUUUAAAAAGAUGGAGAUUGUAGUUACUGAGACUGGUUGGGCAUCUCAUGGGGAUCCAAGUGAAGAAGUUGCUACUCUUGAAAAUGCGAGGACUUAUAACUUCAAUCUACGGAAGAGGCUUGCUUUAAAGAAGGGAACUCCUAUGAGGCCAAAAGUUAUGCUGAGAGCUUAUGUGUUUGCGAUUUUUAAUGAGGAUGACAAACCCGGGCCAACGUCUGAAAGAAAUUUUGGACUUUGGAAACCCGACGGAAGUAUCUCAUAUGAUGUUGGAUUUCCUGCAUUGAAAUCAUCGGCUGUAGCUAAUUCACCUUUUUCAUUAAAGGAUAUACGAGCUCAAGGCUGGUUGACACCUUACUCCACAUUAUUUACUAUGUGUAUGAUGAUAUUAUUUCUGCUCUUGAGAUAAUGAUAUAGCAACGAUACAGACCAGUUAGCAGGUAUUCUUGAGAGUGUUCAGUCAAAUAUCUGCCGUGCUGAUAUUAAGCAUGUUUGAUCAUGUUUCCUGCAGCCAUGGAUGAUUUUUGUAACCAUUGAAAUGCUUGCUAGAUUAUACUCAUAAGUUUUGUUGAGUUUAGCAGUAUAUAUGAAGUAUAUCAUUUUCCAUAGCAAAUAAAAUCUUCCUUUCUGCAAAAUGCAGAGUUGCCUACUGCUUCUUUUCCAUUACAAUAUUUUUCGUUGUUUUGCAAUACUAUUAGCCCUUCAGUGGGAUGUAAGUGUCUAUAUGAACGUUGUAUUGGCACUUGAUGUCGGACGAGUGAAAUUAUAUCUGUUAAGAAAAGUUUGUUGGUACUUCCUAUGUUUGAAAUGGUUUCAACGAGGCAAUUUCCGAAGCUGUCAAAAAUUAUUUGAUGUUGCUGUCAAGGAGCUUCGAUUUUCUGGAGCUUCCAUCCAAUUUCAUAAAUUCCGAAAUGUGUUGGAAGGCUUGAGUUUGAACCUAUAAAAUGGAUUGUGAAGACAGUUCUUGAUGCAAUUUUGCUUGUAGACUUGGUAUUUCCUUGGCCAAGCACAAAACAAGACGGUGAUCUUUACUGUGUAUUGAUUAUCAAUUUAGAGAAUAGUGAUAUGUGGCAUUACAAAAUUUAUCUUUCAUUUUUUUUAUUGAUAUUGCGCACACGACCUGACCCGAACAAAACUGGCCAGCCCUUUAAGAGUGAAGGAGGGGAGGAAUACUCGCCUCGAUGAUCCUGAAACAUGACCUUGCUCAUUUCCCAAAUAAGAUCUAUGCACAGAGCUACAAUGAAGUACCUCCUCCUCUUCCAUCUCUUUCUCUUAUCAUUACCAGUCUUCUCAACUAUAUUCCAGAGGCAGUUUAUUAAUUUGUGUUCUUUUUACAAAAUAUCUUUGGAAGCUUGUAAUUGUAAUUGAUUGAUUUUCGGAAUUGUGAAAAAAAGGGAACAAAUAAGAGGUUACCUUUGGAAGCUAAUAGUUGAGGCCCCAAGAUAUGUUAUAUACUCUAACACACCCUUUUAUACGAGAGCCCAUUGGACUAGAAGUGUGGACGCGCAUAGGCGCUAAAUAUUCCACUUUAAAUAAGGAGUGGUUGAGAUUCGAACUCGUGACCUAUUGUCAUGUUGGCUUCUGAUAUCAUGUCUAGGAAUCAACUUAACCAAAAACUUAAGCUGAUAGUUGAGGCCUUAAGAUAUCUUAACAGUUGAUUUGAUCUUCUUAUGAGCAGGAAUUCCUAAGCUUUGGAUAAAAUGAUUCAUAGCUUGUUUUGUUAAUGGAAUUUGGUGAGAAAAUCAGGUAUAUUCAAGAGAAGUGCCAUCCUCAUUACACAUAGGGGACAAGGAUUUUUAAUGAUUAAUUUGAAAUUAUAUCUUUUUUCAUUAUUAUUGAAGUGUGUAUUCAUCAAUAUUUUUUAUUUUAAAAAUAUCAAUGGAUUAGCUUUUGUUUUAGGCCCUGUUUGGUAUGGAGUU